CUAUAUCUGUUUGACCGCUGUAUCAUUUCACAAGUCUUUAUCUCUCUCUGAAGUGACCAUGGCCGAAAAUUCUGCUCUCAGUCCAAAUCAAAACUUAGAAAAUGAUGAUUCUGUGCCGAUUGAUUUAACCAAAGAUUCUAAUGAUAAUAGUAGUGAAACUGAUAAUGUGAUUAACAGACGAAAACGAAAGCCGAAAAAGUUCGAAAAUUUAUCUGACAUUGACAUUGAAGAAAGGAGGAAUACUGCAAACGUCCAGGAAAGAAAACGUAUGAAAAAGUUAUCGAAAGCUCUUGAAGAUCUCCGAAAGUGUAUACCGGCCGAAUAUCACCUAACCAACCGAAAAAUGUCUAAAAUUCGGACUCUUAAAUUAGCUGUUAAUUACAUUGCUUCUUUAACAGAUAUAAUUGACAGAGACAAUUUGUUAAAACAACAAACUUUCCACCUUGAAAGUCAGAUGAUACAAUCAACAUAUUCGUAUUUGAUGCCUUCGCCCAUAGUUCAACAAGGGAACAUUUCCACCGUGCAGCAGUCAGGGUUUUCGCCGUAUCACACGCCUUGUAUUAGUUCCGAACACAACAGACUACCAAAACGACACUUAAAUUUCUCUCCUUUUUGUGGAACACCAAUUCCGUCGAUGAUUUCGCAGGGAAGACAGUUAACAUAUCAGACUCCGGUGAAAUCAGAACCAACUCCGUAUAGGAUUCCGGAAAUGAUCGAAAGACGGCGUACAAGUACCUUUUCGUCUCCGUCCUUUAUUGGUGAUCUUAGAAAUAUGAAUGAAGUAAAUACAAGUUUUCUAAGCCCAAUGACAGACGAUAGUGAUGUGGGGUCUGGACCUUCACGUUUAACCGAUACAAAACAGUAUGCAUACACUUUAGAUGGAAUCAGUCCACUUCCAGAAGAGGAAAAAUUCAGAGGAACUGACUGUGUGUUUGAUCCAAGACGGAGAAUCAAGAAAAUAGAAUGACGGAUUAGGUAUACAGUCCAGAUUGUGGCCAGUUCAAUGCGAGGUUCGAUGUAGUGCUACAGAACAGCCAGACGACUUCAGUUCAAAACAUUUAUAUUACUUUGUAAGACAGUCUUA